GCCUCCCUAGCACCGUAAGAGCCGUCCGCGUGGCAACUUGGCGUGACGUCACGAGUGAUGCUCACUAUAAAUGCCGGCGCGUGGCGUGCGGAGGGCAGUUCCCAGCCACGCACAGGCACAGAAGGACUAGUCAUCCCGCCAAAACCCACCCACGUAAAUAACUCAAAAUGUGUGACGACGAGGUUGCCGCCCUGGUUGUGGACAAUGGCUCCGGCAUGUGCAAGUCCGGAUUUGCCGGCGACGACGCCCCCCGCGCCGUCUUCCCCUCCAUCGUCGGCCGUCCCCGCCAUCAGGGCGUGAUGGUGGGCAUGGGCCAGAAGGACUCCUACGUGGGUGACGAGGCGCAGAGCAAGCGAGGUAUCCUCACCCUCAAAUACCCCAUCGAGCACGGUAUUGUCACCAACUGGGACGACAUGGAGAAGAUCUGGCACCACACUUUCUACAAUGAGCUCCGUGUGGCCCCAGAGGAGCACCCAGUCCUGCUGACGGAGGCUCCCCUCAACCCCAAGGCCAACCGCGAAAAGAUGACCCAGAUCAUGUUCGAAACCUUCAACACUCCCGCCAUGUACGUGGCCAUCCAGGCCGUGCUGUCCCUGUACGCCUCCGGCCGUACCACCGGUAUUGUGCUGGACUCCGGUGACGGCGUUUCACACACUGUCCCCAUCUACGAGGGAUAUGCCCUUCCUCACGCUAUCCUGCGUCUGGACUUGGCUGGCCGUGACCUCACCGACUACCUGAUGAAAAUCCUGACCGAGCGAGGCUACACCUUCACGACCACCGCCGAGCGAGAAAUCGUUCGUGACAUCAAGGAAAAGCUGUGCUACGUCGCCCUUGACUUCGAGCAGGAGAUGACCACUGCCGCUUCUUCCUCCUCCCUGGAGAAGUCUUACGAGCUUCCUGACGGCCAGGUCAUCACCAUCGGUAACGAGAGGUUCCGCUGCCCCGAGGCUCUCUUCCAGCCUUCCUUCCUGGGUAUGGAAUCCUGCGGCAUCCACGAGACCACCUACAACUCCAUCAUGAAGUGCGACGUGGACAUCCGUAAGGACUUGUACGCCAACACUGUGCUGUCCGGAGGCACCACCAUGUACCCCGGCAUUGCUGACAGGAUGCAGAAGGAAAUCACUGCCCUGGCGCCCUCCACCAUGAAGAUCAAGAUCAUUGCUCCCCCUGAGCGCAAGUACUCCGUCUGGAUCGGCGGCUCCAUCCUGGCCUCCCUCUCCACCUUCCAGCAGAUGUGGAUCAGCAAGCAAGAGUACGACGAGUCUGGCCCCUCCAUCGUCCACAGGAAGUGCUUCUAAGUCAAUUAUACACAAAUCCGCUUUUAUAUGUAGAUAUCCUUGUAUAAUUUGCACGCCGACAAAGAUUUUUCUAUAUAUGACACAUCUAAUUAUUGUACUAUUUAAUUAAAUUAAUGAUUUUUAA